CAAACACAGGUCACGAGUGUUGCCACAAAUAACCUGAGAGACACUUCCGACAGGGAUUCAGACAUUCAGUUUGUGCUGUCAAUCGCUCUUGCACAAAUACAGCCAUGUAGUAUUGUGGCCUUGUUCCAGUGGGCAUUACCGGGUAAUGUCAAAUAAAACCAAGAUAUGAAAAUGGCUGCCACUCUGCCGAAUGAGCUCCACAAAUUUUGUGGGCACGCUCAGCGACUUCGUCAGAUUUUGGAUGAAACAAAACGAUGCUUCGAGGACAUCAACCACAGUGGACAGUUCAACGGAACUCAGAUCGUGACAGCCGAGCUUCUGAAGGAGGAAGAGUCGGAGGUGCUGUCGGUCAUCGAGAAGCCGCAGACCAUCAUUGUGUUGGGCCAGACACCCUACGCCAAGUCACGCAUUGUCAACGAGCUCUUCAACAAAGCUAUAUUCCCAUCACUAGAUGAAAGAGACAAUGAUUCAAAGUUUCGAAUGGUUCGGUUUCGCCGUGGAGACACUCUUUCAGUCAGUCUCUCUCUGCCUGAUGAUUACGACUUGGUGGAUAACUUAGAGGCUUACAAUGGACCAUGGAACACAAUUCCAAAAAAUGACCUUGAACUCUUGGAUAAUGGCGGCACCGAUGUCGCCAACGGAACGGCAGUGUUGGAAGUGACUAUUAACCACCCGUUGUUGAGGUUUGGUUCUCAGUUGGUUGUGGCGCCAUCUAAAUAUGGGGAUUCUGUGGAGGCAGUCCUACAGAAGUGCGUGGAGGAUGCCACACCUCUUCUUGUGUACGGAUUCGUCACAGAGCACCUGUUUGAUAAGGACAUAAAUGAGCUGAGUGAACUCGGUAAGGUCACAAAUUUUCGUCCUGUGUUCUUUGUACGAGUUCCUCCCCCUGGGUUAAGGACAGUUGAUACGGACCCACCAGAUGGUGCCCCAGGAUCACCGACCCAUCAAAUAAAACUGUCUUCCUCAUGUGACCUUCCAACAAGUCCUACAGCAUGGUCUGGAAACAAAGACUUGUUAUCCCAGGGUUUCAAACAUGUGUCGUUUGUGUCGUCAAAUUUGGCAUACCAGCAACUAUGUAAGCUUGGCUACCUUAGUGAUAUAGUUGCAGGAAAGACGCCAGUUAGAAAAUCCUUAACACGAGACUACUAUGAAGGUGAAAGUGAAUACAUAGAACGAUUUCAAGAGAUUCACCAAAAGUUUGCACUAUUUACAAGAAGGACGCUACAGAGCUAUCUGAUCAAUGCAUCUUCCGUGUUGAACCAGUCUCACACCAGGUGCCUCAACAUGUUUAUCAUGUCUGCGUUUGACAUGGCCCGCGACAUGCUCAUCACGCCCAAGAAGCUGGACUUUGCCAAGGAGAAGGAAGAGGAGCUGUACAAGUCCCUCCUCAAAAUGGCUGUGUCAAAACUGGAUGAGAUCAAAUCUCUGAUAUCGGAAACUAUUUCAAACAUGAAAGACCAGCUUGUUCAAGAAGCUGGGGAAUAUGACUUUCUAGGCGUUGACAUCGAUGACGAUGGUCAGAUUCAGACCAGCAAGAGCCUGAAGGUGUGUACAGGUCAGAUCCAGGAACUGGUCCUCAGUCGACUGAAUCAUGCAGUGGCCGGCAAACUCAUCAGCUCCAUCGACAUCCUCCGGGACUCCUACACAGGGACACUGACCCGGUGUUUAGAGAGCUUGGAGUCCUUGGACAGGGAAAAUCCUGAGGGAGCCAAAACAACAGAUGCUCUCAAACAGAUUCUGAAUGCAGCGUAUCAGGUGGAGAUUACCGUGAGGUCCAGUUCAUCCCUCAUCAAGGUGUUGCUGGAGAGGAUGAAGCAGAUGGUUCAGUCAAUGCCGUGGAAGACACCGCCCAAGAUAGAUGUGGAUUGGAAGGAGAAGGUAGCCGCAGACAUGCUUGGGAGUCUCAGUGAGGCCAGGUUAGCCAAGAGUAUUUCCUCCCAGAUUAAGGACCGCUUGAACAAAUCGCAUGAGGCGUUUCUGUCAGCUUUGAAACAACUGGAGACGAAGCACACCGGCCGUCUGGACAAGAUAGAGGAGCAGAGGUUGAAGCUGAGGAAGGUUCACGCUCCCAAGGUGGCCAAACUUGCACUGGAGAGCACCUCACUCAAGGAUGUUGUGCUCUAUGGUAUGCCUCAGAUGGGACGAGAGGUUGGGCGUGGCCAAUAUGGCGUCGUGUACGCGUGUGACUCGUGGUCAGGACACUCCCCUUGUGCCAUCAAGUCAGUUGUCCCCCCUGAUGACAAGCACUGGAAUGAUCUUGCCUUGGAAUUCUUCUACACAAAAAAUAUUCCAGAACAUGACCGGAUUGUGUCCCUGCAUGGCUCCGUGAUUGACUACAUGUAUGGUGGAGGAAUGUCGCCUGCUGUGCUGCUUGUCAUGGACAGACUCCAGCGGGAUCUCUACACCGCCAUCAAGCAAGGCCUGGACUGGAUCAGCAGAUUACAGAUAGCCAUUGAUGUCGUGGAGGGAAUCCGCUUCCUUCAUAACCAGGGCCUGGUUCAUAGGGAUAUCAAACUCAAGAAUGUGCUCCUUGACCGUGACAACCGGGGGAAGAUCACGGAUCUUGGGUUCUGUAAACCAGAAGCCAUGAUGAGCGGCAGUAUUGUCGGCACACCUAUACACAUGGCGCCGGAACUAUUCACUGGCCGCUAUGACAACAGCGUAGAUGUGUAUGCCUUCGGUAUCCUGUUCUGGUACAUCUGUGCAGGUCACGUGAGACUACCCUCAGCCUUUGAGCAAUGUGCAAAUAAAGACCAUCUCUGGCAGUCCGUCAAGAAAGGCCUGCGUCCCGAGAAGCUGGCAACGUUUGAUGAGGAGUGUGCCAACCUGAUGCAGCAUUGCUGGGAGAGGGACUCCUCCAAGAGGCCGUACCUGGGAGACGUCGAGACGCAGCUACUCAGUAUUUUUGAGAGAUUCUACAAAAAGAAGUCCCCUGUGAACACUAAACAGGACAAAGCACACAAGUCUUCACGGAACAUUGCACGGCAUACACGGGAGAACAAAUAACUGGUUCAAUACUCAUACUAGACUCAAGCUUUGACAGAGCUGCUUUGUUUUCGUCAGAUCUCCACAAGUUUCUGUGAUUCCAGAUUCUAGAUGGACGUUAGCCUUAUAUAUUCAGACAAGCUACUGAUAAAUGCUCCUCUACACUUGCACUCCAUAUGCAUCCUGCACAGUCUGUUGAUGUAACCCGUGCAUACAUAAGUCAAUCUUUGAGGCCAUUGGCCAUGUUUGCAGGAUGAAAUAUUUGUGUUACUAUUCCAAAUGCCGACUGCUCAGUCAAUGUAGGGGCUUGUUUGCCAGCACUGUGAUAGUUGACUAGUAGUCUCCCUUCAAGAAUCCUUGCAAAUAAUGUGAGUGUGUCAUUGACGUUAUGUAGACACACACCUUCAGUUGCAUGUGAGGCCUUGUGUGGACGUCCACCUCCUGGUGUCACCACCUCAUGUGUCAUGACCUUAUGUGGACGUCCACCUCAUGUGUCGUGACCUCUUGUGGACACCGCCUCAUGUGUCGUGACCUGUGUGGACACCACCUAAUGUGUCAUAACCUUGUAUGGACAGCCACUUCUUUGUGUCUUGACCAUGUUGAUAUUUAGCCUAGUCUGUACAUAUUCCCAUUUGUCAUCACGCUAAUUGUUUCCUUGUUAUAGAAAGCAUUGUUACGCUGUCUUGCUAAGUGCUGUUAGCUUGUUUUUGUUUGAGUUUGUUACCAUGAUUACAUAUCAUCCUGAUCUAAGUGACUUAGUCUGUGGCCAUAGCCAUAGAAAGUUUUGGUUAAUUAAUCAUUUCCUUAAUAUCUGCUUAUUUGGAUCCAGUGAAAUGUGUUCAUGUUUACUGAUUAUCAUACAGUGUUCUAUUGAUUGCAUAAUUCCUUAUUGUAAGAUUCUUAUAUUGCACAUGAUGUGGUCACUGUACAUUGAACAUAUACUCUAGUCUGCGGCUUGUGUGUAAUAUUUUUGAAAUAUAUAACCAUUCAUUUCAUUAACCGUUGAGAAAACCACGCCCUCAUCCAUAUAUAGUUUAUCAUCUGAUAUAAUCAUCCUUGUAGACGCACAGUCUAAUCGCAUGAUGUACGUGAUCCUCAAGUGCAGAAUAACGCUCCAAAGCUUGCAGGAUUCAGCACCGUAUCUGUGCACAUGGGUUUCACCAUACUCGUAGACAUGUUUGACCUGGGUCAUUUGUGGGUUUUCCAGGGGAUCUGUCGUCUAAGGUGCCACAAUUUGCUGUGCAGAGUUGUGUCCCUUUCACAUCAAGUACCCACAAAAGUCACAAAAUGAGUGUGUGUAGGGUGUGGGUUGGGGAUUGGGUGUGAGGGGGACAGGUGGCCAGUCAGGCAUUGCAAAUCACGAGAAACCUUUGAUUGUGGGUUUGAAUCCUGGUUUCUUUUGUUUAGGUUUCUAGGUUUCUCAGCACCAUAUCUGUGAGUUUCAUGAAAGUUGUAAAGAUCUUAAGACCCGCAUCACCUUGGGCUUUCUGCCGUGAAAUAACUGAUAUAGUGCGACAUUAAACCAAACUCACUCACUCAUGUUAGAAUGGCUCGGACGAGCUGGUAGCAUGACCUCAUUCCCCGACACUGUGGAUUGUUGGUAGUAUUACUGCACGUACACCUGGUACUUAACUUGCUUCCAAGCUGCCUUGCCAGUCUCAAUAUUUCUGACUGCGGCGUAAGCAGCGUUCACUCACUUACUCACUCCAUACUUGAUUCAAGGUCAGAGAAGGACCCAAUGUUAGAGUAGGACCCAAGGUUGGAGUGGGACCCAUUCUAGUUCUACGAGCAGACUGAAAUGAAGUUUUGGUUGUGACAGUGUGACACCUGGCUACUGUUCCACAAAGUGUUGCUAGCGCUACGCCUGUCAUAAGUCUAUGAUAAACUAUAGGAGUUAUGAUCUUAGCGCUAAGAUCGCUUUUUUAGAACAUGGCACUGGUUGAUAAAGCGUCAUUACCCAGAUGGGAUGGAUUGUAUUCUGAUUCCACAAGCACAGUCUGCUUACCCAGACACAGGGUUUUACAUUUAGCCGUGGUAUAAUACGAAACAUUGACUGGAGUAAAAUAACAUUCAUUCAUUCAUUCAUUCAUUCAUUCAUUCAUUCAUUCAUUCAUUCAUUCAUUCAUUCAUUCAUCAUGCUCAUCUGGUCAUUAGGUUUAUGAAGCUUAUAGAUCUCAUUCAGUAGUGAACAUGUUAGUCAGCUUGGCACAUUAUGAUCCUUGAGCAAUACACACCUGUGUCACAAAUACUAUUCCCCCUUAUUUAACCAUUGGAUAGCAAACCAUAUGACAUCGGUGUAGCAAUAGUGUAGGUAAUGUAUUUGAGUCCUGAUGAAAGGAAGGUUGAUGGAGCAAGUAAUCCGAUAUCAUGAAGUAUUCAGUCCAGGGUGUGGUCGUAACGUUACUGCCCAGCUGAAAUGAAGAACUAAUUUAGAGGCUCUGACAUUCCGCUUAUGUUGUAUUUAAAUUCUUAUGAAGGCAACUAAUGGCCUAAAUGUCCUACAAUAUUUAAUGCAAGGAACAGUAUUACAAGAUAUUCUGUCUAUCUUAAUGGAAACAUUGAAAGCUUGUGUACAUGAAAUAGUUUAACAGUGAUGUUUGGACAUUGUUAAUGAUUUCAACCUUUCUCCAUUGGGACUUAAAUGUCUUGACAAUGAUACUUUGUUCUCAGCUGUAGUUUAUCUAUUUGGUAAAUGACAUAUAUUUGGGUAUACACAUAUUUAAGUUGUGUUUAAGUGAGGUAUGUGUUUAUUGUCCUGUUUACUGUACUUAAAGUUGUAUUUUUACAAAGCUGUAGAAUGUGGGCUCAUUUGAGACCAAUAGAGUUUUAAAUACAAUAGUUGAAUCUGUACACUGUUGUUAUGUAACAAUAUUGUCUCGGAUGACAGCUUGAACAAAUAUUGAUUGAUUUAGACUACAAGUAUAUUUGAUUUUUACACAGUCUGUCCUUUGGGACAGUGCAACCCAAAUCCAGAUGAGCUUAAACUUGACUUGAUUCCUAGACAUCCAUCAAUUUUCAGCGGUAGAAACUAACAGUUUUAGUUCACUAGUCCUUAUAAUGAUAACAUGAAGCAAAACCCUUAAAAAUGGAAAAUUUCUACUAGUCCUUGUGAUACCUUAACUAUUGGUCAGUUUGGCAAGGACUACAGGACUAGUGCCAAUUUCUAACACUGAUUCUCUUCCAUAUGUGUAUCGCUUCUAUAUGCCCUUCAAAGACUGGAUUCCAAGGGUUUAUAUCUAUGUCGUGCUAUGAAAGUAUCCUGUGUAUAUACAAGAUGUAAAGAUAAUAGUGUAUUACAUGAUGCACAAAUGUGCAUCCAGUGUUAGAAAUGUAUAGAAUGGCGCAGAAAAAAUUAUAUUGCAUCCCGAGGGAAACACGAUAUUUAUUGUACCUAUAUCUUGACGAGAAAUAUAAAGGUCCCAGCUGUAAUUAAAGUAGAUAUCAAAUCUUUCAGUGAAGAACACUUCACCAUUUUCUUACUAUGCUUGUCGUAAGAGGCGACUUAGGGGAUCAGGUGGUCAGCCUCACUGACUUGGUUGAUGCAUGUCAUCGUAUCCCAAUUGUGUAAAUCGAUGCUCAUGAUGUCAAUCACUGGAUUGUUUGCUCCAGACUCGAUUAUUUACAGACCGCCGUCAUAUACUAGUAGCUGGAAUAUUGCUGAGUGCAGCGUUAAACAACAAACAAACUUAACAGGACCCUCCUAUGUUCUGUGAGGACCCUUUAAGAUAAUUAUUGGUUUGUGAGUUGUUGACCAAAUUCGUAGUCACAAAUGUACAGAGAAGCAAUACAAGCUGGCUCUGUGUUCAUGAGGGCAUCCUUGACCCUUGCAAUAGAGAGGCACGUGACACAACACUGUGCUACCUGUCUUCAGUACAGGUACAUGCACUAAGCGACCCCAAUCCUACGACUAUUAUAAGUCCAAUUGUUUAACAUAGACUUACAUUAGUUGUAGUGCUACAAUCAAUGUUUAACAUAUAGGCCCAGAUCUAGACUUGUAGCUCUGCAUGAGAUGGAGACACAACAGCUAUGUAUUUUGGAUAAUCUUUAGCAGUUCAACUGAUUAAUGUUACUACUAUGUGAACCACUUGUUAUAUUCAACUAGAACUGUGACAAUACAACAUUUAUUGUUGGGCGCUGUCAGAUCUUGUCCUUGAAGAAAGGCCUAUUCUAAAUAAAUGGAGUCAAAUCCAUUUAUAACAUUGUCGUAUGAAGGUAACUGGAUGUGAAAUGACCCUGGAAUGUGAAACAACCUUAGGGAUACAAAACUACCACCUUACAAAAUGAUGCUUGUAAUGGGUAUGGAACUAUAGGGAUACGAAAUGACCUGUGACCUUCAUCCUGAUGUUGUCACCAUCUCCAGAUCCAUACCUGGCUUGGAAACAUUGGACACCUAUGCUAAAUUGCUAUGUCAGCAAAUUGCUGUAUUGUCGCUUGCAUGAGGGAGCAACCAUUUGAUAUUCUGGAGCGGGAGGGGGUGCAUGGGUGGCCCAUUCGUCUAAGGCACCGUGAUUCGCAGUGCAGAGUUGCAUCCUUUGGGAACGCCAGAAACCUAUGAUUGUGGGUUUGAA